ACCACUGGAUGGAUUGUUUGGAAACUCUCGGAAAGUAAAACAUUUUCCACAUUAUUCAAGCAGCUUCUGUCUGAUCAGGACUCUGAGUCGACAGCUCUGCCUUCAAGAGGAUGUCAGCAGCAUUAAGAAAACACGGAGAGAGGAAGACAGAGGACAGACGUGUGUUUGGAGCUUUAAUUACGCUUCUGUUCGUGUCCAGGAUGCAGGUUGUUUGUGUCGGAUCACUCUGGUUUUAUGCCUUUAUUCUCACUUCUUCACAUUUGGAGACACAGUGGUCCUGGUCUGCCGAGCCCCCGGGGGUCGUGGGGUUGAGUUCAUGUUGUAUCGCAACAAAGAGAAAGUGAACUCCCAGGUGCCACAGUCUGCUGCUGAGGAGGUUCAGUUCACUGUCAGGGUGGAGCACGGAGGUUCAGACCAGCCUAAACUUUUCUGCUGUUUGUACAAGAACCAGGGAGGACAUUACAGCGCGUUCAGUCCUUAUUUACAACUGGAGCUUCAAGGAGCUGAAGGCACGACCCCCAGCCUCCCCCUGUUGCCCCCUCCUAACUUGUCGGUGGAGCCGUCCUCUGGUAUAAAACGKGGGGACAUGAUCCGCUUCCACUGCACCGUCCCAGACCCUCUGUCCCAGUCCAGCAGCCCACCCACCUUCCUUCUGCGGAGGACCUUUGGCCAGACGAGCUCUAUGAUCUCUCAGCUUCAGGCAGGUCAGGCGUCAAACUCUGAACCGCAGCCGGGGUUCUUCACCGUGGGGCCUGUUGGUCAACGAGAGGAGGGGGAGUACUCCUGCAUCUAUCAGAUCAACAAAAGGACAAAACUGGUCAAUUCAUCUGACAGCAAUGUGGUUAAAAUUACUGUUACAAACGUGCUUCCGGUGCCCUCCCUUGUUCUCCAGCAGCAGACAGAUGUGUGGAGUCUGCUCUGCACCGGCUCUCCUGCCUACCCCGGCGCGACGUUCUCGCUCUACCUGGAGAAUUAUGAACUUCCUGUCGAGUCCCGCCGGGUCAGAAACAUCCAGCAUCAAGCCACAUUCCCUGUGCCAGUCCAGGACUCUCCGGUGGCCUUGUACCAGUGUCAGUACACAGUCCAGCUGGGGAUGUUGUGGAGGACGUCUGAGCGAAGCGUCCCUCUGGCUGUAACCAGAGGAACCUCUACUCCUGCAUCACAAGGUGUAGACUGGCCUCUUUUACUUGGCUCAAUCUCUGCUGCACUUUUGUUCCUCUUCUCACUGGUUUUGGUGGUUGUAGUGGCAAAAAGGAAAGUAAAAGCAGCAGCUGAAGAAAAGAAGAGAAGGGAGGAAGCUCAGUUCUGGACUCAGCGUCACACUCAGGAUCACGUUAUUGACCUCACGCUCAGACCGAUAAGCUUAACUCCCCAGGAAUGGAGCAGCAGGGACGCAGAAACAGCAUCCAGAUCUUCUCUCUGGAACCCCUUCUCUACCUUCACAACCCCGAUCCAUUCCAUCCAUUAGAGAUGUUUGCUUCUUUUAUAACUGUGUGCAUGUAUGUGUAUGUGUGUGAGAGAGGGUAUUUGUGUAUAUGUUUUUAUAUUUUAUCUAAGUAGCAACAGUUGGAGUUGCACAGCAGGACAGGAAAGCAGUAUUUCCUCACUUCCUGUUUCAUUUCAUGUGUAGCAGUCAUUGUAUAAWUUGACAGGAUGUGAUGUUUCUUUGAUCUUACUGAGCCUAUCAUUCUAAUUAAAGAUUUUUUAUGAAUAUUUUGAAGCGUUUUAUGUGGAAUGUGUCUUUUUUUAAUGACUUACAUAAACAUUCAUUUUUAACAAUAAUUCUCACACUGAUCAUGAUCAGUGAAUCGAUWCAUUCAAUCAGGAUGAACCUUUGAAAUCUAGUGGGAGAGCCAUACACAACUUUUCUWUUUUGUUUAUUAAAUACUAAACUCUCAUGUGUUUUUGUACAAAUAAGUUUAGAUGUGAAUCAUUUUAAACGUGUUAAAGUACAGGACAUAUUUCACAUCCUGAUGUAUUAAAAUCUGAGGUAAAGAGUUCA